AUUGUCAGUCUGUCAAAUCAACAGGCAGUGAUGUGCAAAGACUGUGCAAAAAAAAAGAAGAAUAAAAAAGGACACCCUUACUGCGUGCUAUGUAAAGGUUAAAGUUAAAAAAGGCUAUCAGUGAUGGUUACCCCCCACCCCCUAAGCGGGUGUUGAUAAUUCAAGAUGAGAAACCACUGCUGUAUGUUGAAGCCACAGUGAGUGUGGCCCCGGCUUUUGCGUCAAGUUCAGAAAUAAACUGAACAGGAAGAGGAAGUUUUCACCUGCUGUAGUUCAGUCUGAUGCUCAGUCAGCAGCAAGACACCAUGGAGGCUACAUCUCUCUGCUUCAGACUGACUGGUCCUGUGAUCCUGGAGACUCCUGCUCUUCCUGUUUUGGUGGGACAAAAUGUGGUUCUGCGCUGCAGACACAAGACAACUUCCACCAACACCAAAGCUGUUUUCUACAAAGAUGACGUCCUCAUGGAGAGCAGUCCUGCUGAUGAGAUGCCAAUUAACAAUGUUUCCAAGUCUGAUGAAGGCGUCUACAAGUGCAGCAUCCCUGGUGUUGGAGCGUCACCAGGAAGCUGGCUGGCUGUGAGAGAGACCCUCCCCAAAGCCACUGCUGCCCCUAACGUCCUCAUCCUGCUGUGGGUAGUUGUCACCACUUUAAGUUUGACUCUGGGGCUGCUGGUGGUGGGAUUCCUUUAUAUUAGGAAACACAGAGCGGUGCUCUGCUUUUCCUCAAAGAUGGCAACAGCAGCAUCAAACUCCGGCAAGGACGAUGAAAUAGUCUCUGAAGACGAUGCUGCAGAUGACCCAAACAGUGUGACAUAUGCAGUCGUCGUCAUAAAACAAAGAAAGGACAAAGAAUCUGAAGCCAUGAAUCGCACAGCAGCCACAGACUCAAGCUUAACAGAGCAGGAAGUCAUCUAUUCUCCUAUCCAGAAGGCCACAAAGAGCAGCGACACCUGACCGAGGAAGGGAGGAGAGACUCUGUUGGUGUCAUUAUGUUACUAUGUGUUGAACUUAUUUGUGUAUUUUUAAAGUAAUUUCAUAUAACUUCAUUACAUGUAAUUAGAAUAUUUCACUGUAAUUGAAAAUGCCAAGCAAUAUAUUUACACACAUAGGGGAUGUUUAGUCUUUAGUUUUAACUCACAGCAUCAGUGUCAGGCAGAAGUGAGUUAGAUUUAUUAUUAACUGUCACAUUCAGAAACCAUCUGUCUGUAAAAAUUGUUACAGUCUUCUGCAACAUUGUGAGCAAUGUAUUCUCCUAAAUUACCUCACACACACACACACACACACACAGUAACUCAUCAGAGGCUGACAGACACCAGUAUGAAUAAUAACACCUACUCUAUCUGCUAUCACAAACAGAGAAAUGUUAUUGCUCAGUUUCAGUGAAGAGAUAUACAGACAGAUUUUGUUAAUUAGCUUAUUAUACAUAUGCAGACUUCUUAUUUUCUUUUCUUUUUACAGCAGCAGGGAACAUCUGCACAAUUUGAUAUAUAAAUGUAUUUUUAUUGUUCUGUGUAAGCAUUACCCUUAAAGCUUGAAUGCAUGUGCACUCCAGAUAUAGCUGCGGCUAGCUGACCAUGUGGUUAUCACAAACAACGGCUGACUUCUCAGUUCUGCGUCCAUGUAUGUCGCUGAAAACACUGUAAGUCAGAGGGUCUAUAUGCAAAAAAGAAGGGAGACAUGGCUGGUGGUAAUGUCUUCAAGCAGAGUUGCUAAACACCUCAUUUCACUGAUCACCUUACUGAAAGAAGUCAUCUGUAGACUUAAGUUAGUUUCAUAUUGUCUGUAUUCUCCCUCUUUGUGUGUCUCACUCAGUCUGGGCUGUGACACAGUAAAUACAGAAAGAUUAAGAUAAAGACAUGAA